AUGUCGAGCAAGACUGUACCAAAGCAAUAUUACGCAUUGGUGGACGAUGUGAACCGUAUAUCCAAAAUUAAUUGGAAUGCAUUCACCCUCCGGGUUCAGCUGGACUGCCUUCGCAACGUGAGGAAAGGCAAACACCUCCGCCAAUGGCCGAGAGGGAACUUAGCUCUCCUGCAGUACCUGUACUGGGAGAAGGUUCAGCCUCUGGAAGGUGAAUGCGCAUUCAAUCCUAGCUUGUCCAUAGAACCUCUAAUGAGGAAUUGGACUGAAGCUGCAGCUUCAAGGAGAGACAAGUUUGAUUAUGACCACGGCCGUGGCCGUGGUAACAUCAAGAUUGAAGACAACAUAACCAAGGAGUAUAGGGCGCACGAGCGCAAAGUAGCCGAACCAGAAAAGCCAAAAACGAAGCCCCCCGUUGAGAUUGUUAGAGAAGUUGAACCAAAAUGGUGUGAUGUACAAGCCAGCGGCUGCUGCGGCUUUUCCGGCAACAACGAUGCCGACCUAGAAGUGGAUUCCUUUGAGAAUGGUCCGCCAGAAAAAAAAGAAUUCGUGUACAAGGAUGACUCUGACGGUCUAGAGCCGGUGAUUGAUUUGACACAGCCUGACGAGCCUGUUGUAAACCAGAACAACGAUGAUGAGGAAAAAACACCUGCCAAGUUAAAUGUUGACCAGACAACGAAGCCUACUGAUGAGUGCGGCGCAACACCGGAGAACCCUUGGAUUGUAGGUAAUUCUCCUCGAGCAGAAUCAUCCGACAUUGACAUUUCUGCAAGUUCUAUCGACGGGAUGGUGGGUAAGAGCAAGGGGAAAAAGUCUGCAGCAACCGCAAAAGAAGACGAUGUUAUAUCCGGGAAGCGCCGACGGACUGUUCCCAAGAAAUUUGAAUCCCCCUUUAAACUUGACAAGCCCGGCAAGCGAAGCGCUCGCGCUCUGUUUAGUGACAAUGACAUGGAAGGCUCUGUUAAGGACGAUUUGACACCGGAACUCAUCGAUGCUGCUGUUACGUUUGUGGAGGCAGCUGCUCGGUCUGAGAAGAAUAUGAAAAAAAGAGUUUACUACAAUGAACGUGGCACCUCUGUGACUGUGGAGAGUAUACGACCGAUUAUCGAUGCUUAUCAGACACAUUUGGCUCUGCGCGUUGGUCAUGAUCGGCACCUCUGUCCAGCCUGGAGGUCCAAAUACCUUGUUGAUCAUGCUAAGGCACGAGACAACCCUAAACCGUCGAAAUACAACAUGGAUAGUGCGCUGAGCAGAGCUGGAGCAGUAUGUAGGGUUCUGGACGAGUAUACCGUUCGUGAUAAGUCGUUUAUCCCGUUGAACGUCGGCAAUACACACUGGAUCACCGUGGUGAUGCACAACCUCAAGAAAGAAUUCCGAGUUUUUGAUUCGCUCUAUCCUCUCGAGUUCUCUCUCGACACUGUGAAAGCACUGAUCGACAUGCCACUACAAGAGGACGGGAACUCUUGUGGCCUUUUUGUGAUUGAAGUUAUGGAGCGUUGGGACGGGGAUCGAUGGACCGCCGAUUCUACCCAGGGCACGGUUAAUGCAAGGAGAAGGCGUCUCGUCGCCGAGUUGGUUCUCUCACCUACCAACACGCUCGAAUGUGUGAAGAACAAAAUCCGCGACAUCGCAAAGAAAAGCAAGGCGUGA